AUGGUAGUUAAAUUGGAUAUGUCAAAGGCUUAUGAUCGGGUUGAGUGGAGCUUUGUGGAAGGCAUGCUAUGCAAAUUGGGUUUUCAUGACAGAUUGGUGGAUUUGAUUAUGGAUUGUAUUACUAUUGUGAUGUAUUAUGUUCAAGUUAUGGGGUCACCUAUGGGGCAAAUUCAUCCUACAAGGGGUCUUAGGCAGAGGGAUCCCCUAUCACCCUAUCUUUUUCUAAGAUGCGUGGAGGGGUUAUCAGCUUUGUUGAACUAUGCACAUCGGCAAAAACAACUCCAAGGGCAUAUAAGAGGGGCAUCUGGGCAAAAAAUUAAUUUUGAUAAAUCAGCGGCUUGUUUUAGUCUAAACUCUGAUCCAAUGAUGCAGCAGUUACGCAGUGAAGCCGCUCUAAGAUGUUUAAACAUGUACGGGAUAUGUUGUGGAAUAAACUACGUACAUGGAUGGAAUUCCAAGUUGCCUUCUUCAGCUGGGAAAGAGGCUUUAUGUCAGGAUUUGAAGACAAUGAUUGCUCGUUAUUGGUGGAGGAAAGCAGAGAAACGCAGUAUCCAUUGGAUGAGUUGGCGAAAACUUUGUAGGCCCAUAUGUUUUGGGGGGCUUGGAUUCAAAAAUUGUGAAGCUUUUAAUAAAGCCAUGGUGACGAAGCAAGCAUGGAGACUCUUGGAGAAUCCCGACUCCUUAGUCGGUCGUAUUAUGAAGGCAAGAUAUUUUCCUGCAGAAAAUUUCUUACGCGCAGAGGUGGGGAAUUGCCCUUCCUUAGUUUGGCGAGCUAUAGUUUAG